UAAGUAUAAUUACACUGCACUUUUACAUAUGUACAACCUACAAGCUCAUAAUUUUCAUAAGCUAGUCAAUCCAUUAAAUCUUGAUGAUGCGAGUCUUUCUGCAUACUCGACAAAUUUUUAUGACUACAUAUCUGACUGUUGCGUAUUGAAUUUUAGUUUUGUACGUAUUGUGCAAGAUAAUUUUGUUAACGACAAUUUGCUAACGGGGAAUAUGGAAUUCAAAAAAGCUGCGUAGUCGAAUGUUUUAUCCUUGUAUAACAGAAAUUCAUGUCAGGCAUCUGUCUCACUGACUUGAGAUAAAAAUUUAUACACGUAUGACGUAUGAAAGUUGAACAGUGUGACGAGUAUGUGCAUGAGUUUGGAGAAGAAAAAGAUUGCAGUAAUAACCUAACCCUUUCCUUUCUACCUUUAUCAUCAUCGUUGCAGCAGUUUGACAGUACCAUUAGUGCUCGUUUACUAGUUGGGUUUAGAUUUAGCAUUGCAAGAUCACGAGUCAGUCGCUUAUGAAAGACGAAUUAUAAUGAAAAGCUUCAUUGGCACCCCGGUUCUUUCAUGCAGCCAAAAAUAUACCCAGGAGCGAAGGGUAGGAUUUUAUAGGCAGCCUUGGUGUAAGGAAACUAUAAAAGGACGGGAGAAGAGUGCAUUCGGUUUGGCUUCGCUUCCAUUCGGUCACAAACCCUCUCCACGGACGGACAGGACGACAACGGGUCUUCCUUAUCUCCUACCCGGACUCCACUUCUCGCCUCAUCGGCAAUUGAAACUGUGUCAUCGAUCCACUUUUAAAGUCAAAAAGUCACCGGAAACUCGCACUGCCAAGUUGGUGACAUUUCUUUCGAAAUCGAGACCCCCUUUCUCUGGAGUAAUCCUAAACAGUCGGACAAUUGAUUGAGGAAAAGUAGGCGGCAGUCAUGGGGACUUUAGAAAUAUGCGAGAAUGGGAACCUGGCGAACGGAGUGUCGAAUGGGGUCGCUCACAAGGCCAACAAUGGAGUAUUUGCACAUGGAAUUAAUGGAGGGGUGAAGGAUGACAACCGUGUGACUGUCGUCCUUGGAGCCCAGUGGGGCGACGAAGGAAAGGGGAAGCUGGUUGACUUGCUGGCGUCGGAUGCGGACAUUGUGUGUCGAUGUCAGGGGGGUAACAACGCAGGGCACACUGUCGUCAUUGGAGAAAAAGCUUAUGACUUCCAUUUGCUACCAUCUGGAAUCAUUAAUCCGGCCUGCAAAUCGAUCAUAGGAAAUGGGGUCGUGAUCCAUCUACCUGGAUUGUUCAAGGAAUUGGAGGCUAAUGAAGCGAAAGGACUGGACGAUUGGCACAAUAGACUACUGAUCUCUGACAGGGCUCACCUAGUUUUUGAUUUUCACCAAGCGGUGGAUGGGCUGCAGGAAGCUGAGAAGGGGAAAAACAUGUUGGGCACGACAAAGAAAGGAAUUGGACCAGCCUACUCUAGCAAAGCGAGUCGCAACGGACUACGUGUUUCAAACCUAAUGGGCGACUUUGAAUCUUUCUCUACAAAGUUUCGAGAACUGGUGGAUCAUCAUCAACGCAUGUUUCCUGGCCUGCAUGUUGACGUGGAUAAGGAAUUGUUGCGGUAUAAGGAUUAUGCUGAGAUGAUUCGGCCUUUGGUUUGUGAUACUGUAGACUACCUCAAAAAUGAGCUCCGCAGCAACAAAAAGAUACUUGUGGAAGGUGCUAACGCUGCAAUGUUGGAUAUAGAUUUUGGCACGUAUCCUUUCGUUACGUCUUCGAACUGCAGUAUAGGAGGAGUUUGCACGGGGUUAGGAUUGCCACCAAAGAGAAUUGGAGAUGUGUAUGGCGUUGUUAAAGCUUAUACUACACGGGUUGGAGAUGGUCCGUUUCCCAGCGAGUUGAAGGACGAAAUUGGAAAGCAUUUGCAGACAGUUGGGGCAGAAGUGGGAGUUACUACUGGUCGACUACGUCGUUGCGGUUGGCUUGAUCUCGCAUUACUGGAGUAUACUAACGCGGUUAAUGGCUACACGAGCAUUGCAUUGACAAAAUUGGAUAUCCUUGAUGAUUUACCUGAAAUCAAAAUUGCAACCCACUACAAGUUGAACGGAGUACGAAUCUCACGAUAUCCUGCUGAUCCAGCCGAACUUUCACAGGUUGAAGUAAUGUAUGAGACCUUACCUGGUUGGAAAAAAUCUAUUGCUCACAUUCGAAAAUGGGAUGAUCUUCCUGAAAACGCUAAAAACUACGUUCUUCGAAUUCAAGAUCAUUUACAAGUUCCUGUGAGAUGGAUCGGUGUCGGCCAACGGCGCGACGCCAUCAUUGAUGUUCCUUGAACGCUAUUUAGAAACUCGAUCAAGAAGUAUUUCAUGUUUACCUAACUACCUUCCCUAUUAUAUUACUACUAAUUAUUACUAUUCUACGAUUAAGUUCUACGUUGUACCUACUUUUUGUACUUUGACUUGCACGCUUGUUGAGAUUCAACAAAUUCUUGCUUAUGCAAAUUUUUCUGUUAGCUUAUCAAUAGAUUUGCAAAACUUUGUAGGCAGAUCCUGUACCUAUACCAAAUAGGCUAAUAAAAUCUUUCUCUGAGUAGCAACACUGUUGACUGUGUAGUUUUAUAAAUAUAUCAAAUAGUGAAAGGUUAGAAAAUAUUUAUUAAAAAUGAAUCUCCUUAUGAUUAGCAUCAUUCUGCAUUUUAAUUACAAUAUACAGAGACCGACUGUGACUAUUUUCUAAUAAUACAAACGUCUUUUUUGACAAAUGUUUAAAUGUUAUAUAUAAUACAGAUACGCAUUAUUUUUCAUGCUCAUCAUCAACACUCCUGGAGAGAGCGCAACAACGUCCCAGCAAAUUUUAUUGGAAUUAAUAUGUACAUGUAAAAUGUGAUUGUCAAUAAAAAUUUGAAUUUCUCAA